AGCCUCUCUUUUUGUUUUAAAAACUUUCAAGUUGUGUCCAAACCUGCCAGACGAUUUGCAGCUUCGGCCAGUCUCUGAUUGUUGGUUAACUCAAAUUCAAAUUCAGUUGCCAAUUGGCCGCAUUGAAGUCAACAAGUGUCUUGGGCUCCUCGAUAAUCCAAACCGUCUAUCCGAUUUUUCGAACGAAAAUCCAUUCAACAAAAGCCGCCUUUGCAAAUAUUUUUAUCGAGUUUGGACAAACUGACAAAAUGUGCCUCCAGCCCAGUCGCUUUAUCUGGUCAGCGUUCAUUGUGACGGUGGUGGCUCUAUCCGUAACGAUUGAAGCCAGGCCCCAGAGGAAUCUGCAGCACAUCGCCGUGGUGGAGAAUGCCGCCUGGGAAAAGUCCCUUCCGCAGCAGUUCCAGAACCCAUUCUUCAAUACCCCAAGGGUAAGGGAUGCCCUGGCCAGAUCGAGUUGGUUUGGACCCGGUGAGGAUGUGGUAUAUGACCGCCAGGCUGAAAAAAUUCCCCGCAUGGAAAUCUACAAUGUGUUGUCUCAUGCUGGUCUGAUACCACGACGGCGUUUCCUUUAAAUUGUGAAUAUUUCAAUACCACGUUUCUGCUAUAAAAUUAUGAAAAUAAAAGUCAGUCAUUAGUUUAGGAAA